AUGCCACUUACCGGUGACGGGCGAGCCGGCCGACGCUCGGAUAACUCCCCAGGAAGAUACGGCACCUGGCUGAGCGCUACACCGUCAUCCUCAUCCGCAGACGAGGCUGUCUCUCCAAACACCACACCCAAAUCCAAACGCAGCAUCAUAACAUCCGACACCACACCGAAGAGCGCGACGCAAUCCCGCUUCGGCUUCUUCGCGUCGCUCACCACGCGGCUAUCCAGCCCAGCAGCGCAGUCGCCACAGGAAGUCGACGACGAGAUGAUCAACAUGGACAUCGAAGCAGCGCUGUACCCGUCCGCGAUCGACCGCGACACCUUCUCGCCCGCGGCCUACAAAAACCUGCAGACCAACGCGGCGGGGCUGCUGCACAAGAUGCAAGACGCGUACCGGCAGCGCGCCGCCACGAUCCGAGAGAUGCGCGCCGAGCGCGAGGCCCACGGCGAAGAGAUGGCGGAGACGGAGCUGCGCAUCCGCAGUUUCAAGAGCCAGCUCGAGAGCAUGGCGGCGAAGGCCGCCGAGCAGGAACAAGCCAUGCAGCAGCUCGUCGCAGAACUGCAGGCGGAAAGGGGGGCGCGGCGCGAGGCCGAGGACCGGGCUAGUCGCGGGAGGGCGUUAGUCGAGUCACCGCUGAUUACGGAGGAUCUCUGCGUGGACGACGACGACGACGAUGAUGAUGGUGCAGAUGACAAGCGCAAGCGCUGGCGCAACAGCGACGGCACGGUGCGCUCGGAUCUCAGCAUCGACACGUCUGCGGGGACCAGCGUGACAGACGGCGAAAGCGUCGAGGCCGAGAGCAUAUUUAGUCGGAGCCGCAGCCCAACGGCCACGGUGACUACUACCAUGACCGAAAACGAGGUCCCGCCCACGCCGCAGCACGAGCUCCUCGCCAUCCGGUCUCCACACACGCCUAACCUAUCUCCUAAGCCUAAGCAGCAGUUAUCUACGUUCCAGAAGCUGGUCAAGGGGAUCUCGGGAGGAGGUGGAGGAGGGGAGAUGGUGGAUGGGUGUGGGAAUUGUAGGGGGCGGGACGCGAGCGUGGCGUGGGAUACGGUUAGUCUUCUGCGCGACGAGAAUAAGAGCUUGAAGCACCGCGUUGCGCAGCUCGAGGUCGUGGUCGAGGGCGCGUUGGAUGCUGUUAAUGGGAUUGGGAUGUAG